AUGGGCGAUGAUCCUAGCCAAGAAUUUCACGUCUGCGCUUCCCUUCGUCGGAAGUCGCAGGCUGAAAAAGUUGUCGAGAAAGAAGGCUGUUUUGGCCUUAGUCUGACGCCUAUAUUCAUCGGCAUCUCGGCCACAUUGUCUGGAUAUAAGACGUACCUUGUUGCUUUUGCCGUUCGCGAUUCCACGUAUUUAAUUGAUUUUGCCAUUAAAACAGUUUCUGCAGCUGAACAAGGCUCUACAAACGAUCAUGACUUCCUGGCGGACUACAUCAUCAAAGCCAUCCGAGGAUACGAACAUCGAACUUUUACCAAAGUCAUUGGUGCCGGACUUCCCCAUGCGCUACAGUCGCUCAGCCCAAUGCUGUGUUCCCGCCUGUGGCUCGAACUGGACAUUGUGCCCCUUGUGAUUCAGCAGCCCCAUGAGCACAAGGAGAGGAUAAGUCUCUGGCUCAGCAAACGUGUGGACGAACAAGCUGACUCGAUGGCGCGAAAAUGCAUCAUGAACUUUGGUCCCUCCUUGAUUCCUCUCUUGCACGUCGCAUGGAGUGGUGUUGUCGAAGUCGAUGCUGGAUUUCAAGCGCCGCUCUUAACCGUCGAAAAUUACAAGACCACCUGCGGUCCUGCGUCUUGGGAGGCGGUGAUGCACUAUGCAAAGACUCUGCGAAAGCACAAGACCAAAAUAGCAUUCUUCAGCAGCACUCCCCAGGGCGGCGGCGUUGCCCUGAUGAGACAUGCACUUGUGCGAUUCUCACGCGCAUUGGGGGUAGAUCUGCGCUGGUACGUGCCAAAACCUCAUCCGGGCGUCUUCCGCAUCACCAAAAACAUCCACAAUACGCUUCAAGGUGUGAACCCUGAGGGUGAGCACAUCUCUGCAGAAGAAAAGAAUUCAAUUGUCGACUGGAUUAGCGACAACGCCGAUCGUUACUGGUUCUCUGAUGGCGGCCCAUUGUGUCGACCAGAAAAAGGCGGUGCCGAUGUUGUUAUUAUCGAUGACCCCCAAAUGCCAUGUCUCAUCCCGCUAAUCAAGAAACUCACCCCAUCACGGCCGGUCUUCUACAGAUCGCAUAUCCAAAUUAGAACGGAUCUAAUUGAUGUAGUGGGCUCUCCUCAGGCAGAUAUUUGGGAUUUUCUCUGGAAAAAUAUUAAACAAGCCGAUCUGUUUAUUAGUCACCCGAUUCCUUCAUUUGUGCCUCACAAUGUGCCUCGAGAGAAAGUCCUCUAUUUACCUGCAACAACUGAUUGGCUUGAUGGCCUGAAUAAGCCAAUGGAGAUCUGGGAUGUCGGCUAUUAUGGCCAUCUAUAUAACAUCAACUGUCGCUCGCAGCGUAUGACAGAGCUGCAGUGGCCAACGAGAAAAUAUUUUAUCCAAGUAUCUCGAUUCGAUCCCGCCAAGGGUAUGCCGACUGUGGUGGAUGCGUAUGCGUGUUUUCGGGAGCAGCUUGAAAAAUACCAUGCUACCGAUAUUCCUCAGCUUGUCAUCUGUGGGAAUGCCUCUGUCGAUGAUCCCGAUGGCACCAUUAUUUACGAACAAGUCAUGACACAGCUAGAAACGCGAUAUCCUCACCUUAUGAGCGACGUUAGCGUAAUGCGCCUUGAUCCUUGCGACCAGCUCCUAAAUUGUCUCAUGGCCAACGCCCACGUCGUUUUGCAGCUUUCAACCUACGAGGGCUUCGAGAUAAAAGUUUCUGAGGCACUGCACGCUGGCCGUCCCGUCAUCGCUACAAACGCUGGUGGCAUACCUCUUCAGGUGAAGGACAAGGUCAAUGGAUAUCUUGUUCAGCCGGGAGAUUGGAAAACCGUUGCUGAGCACUUGUUGGAAUUAUUUACGGAUCACAAGCUGCACGAUCGAAUGUCAUAUGCCGCAAGAACAGGUGUUAGUGACGAGGUAGGAACGGUAGGAAACGCCAUUUCGUGGUAUUAUUUGGCGACAAAGUGGUCGCACAGAGGCCCAAAGCUUGAAUUGCUGGGAAAUGCGCAGUGGGUUAAUGACAUGGCCCGAAAUGAAGCUGGUCAGCCAUAUGCAGAGGGCGAAAAUCGCUUGCCGCGUAACUUUGCCGUUGCUGGAAAAUAG